CCCCCACUCCCCCCCGCCCAGGAGAGGCCCCCGCCCCCCGAGCCGGGAGGAGAGGGACAGACUCGAGUCGGGCUCCCCCGACCCUCCCCUCCACUUGCCCGAGCCCGGCCGACUGCGGGGGGUUGUGGAUGCCCCGGGACUACGGGGCGCGUCUGGGAUAGUAGCCGCCUCCCGGCCCCACCAUGGGCUGUUGCAACUCCGCUUCCGCCUCGCAGAGCUCCAAAAGGGAAUGGAAACCCUUGGAGGAUCGCAGCUGCACAGAUAUACCCUGGCUGUUGAUUUUCAUCCUUUUCUGCAUUGGGAUGGGAUGUAUUUGUGGCUUCUCCAUAGCAACUGGAGCAGCAGCAAGACUGGUGUCAGGGUAUGACAGCUAUGGAAAUAUCUGUGGGCAGAAGAAUGCAAAAGUGGAAGAUUUACCCAACAGCGGCCUUGACCACACCCACCGAAAGUAUGUAUUCUUUUUGGAUCCCUGCAAUCUGGAUUUAACACACCGGAAAAUCAAAUCCAUUGCUCUGUGUGUGGCAGCUUGUCCGAGGAAAGAGCUGAAAACUCUGGCUGAUGUGCGGAGGUUUGCAGAAACCAACGGGUCAGCUUUAUGUAGCUACCACAUAAGUCCUUCUGCCUACACGUCAGAUCCGUCAGCCUCAAAACUAUGUCCUAAACUCCCAGUUCCAGAGAGUGCACCUAUUCCAUUCUUCCAUCGCUGUGCUCCUGUGAACAUUUCCUGCUAUGCCAAGUUUGCAGAGGCCCUGAUCACCUUUGUCAAUGACAAUAGUGCCUUACACAGGCUGAUUAGUGGAGUAAUGGCCAGCAAAGAAAUUAUAAUGGGACUUUGCUUGUUAUCACUAGUUCUCUCCAUGAUCUUGAUGGUCAUAAUCAGGUACAUUUCAAGAGUACUUGUAUGGAUUUUAACAAUUCUGGUCAUACUGGGUUCACUUGGUGGCACAGGUGUGCUCUGGUGGCUGUAUGCCAAACAACGAAAAAAUCCCAAAGAAAUACUUAUACCAGAACAGCUUCAAAUAGCUGAAGACAAUCUCCGGGCCCUUCUUAUCUAUGCCAUUUCUGCUACAGUGUUCACAGUUAUCUUGUUCUUGAUCAUGUUAUUUAUGCGCAAGCGAGUUGCUCUCACCAUUGCCUUGUUCCAUGUGGCUGGCAAAGUCUUCAUUCACCUGCCGUUGCUCGUUUUCCAGCCAUUUUGGACAUUCUUUGCUCUUAUUCUCUUUUGGGUGUACUGGAUUAUGACCCUGCUUUUUCUAGGCACUACAGGUAGUGCUGUCCAAAAUGACCAAGGAUUUGUGGAUUUCCGAGUUUCUGGCCCUCUGCAGUAUAUGUGGUGGUACCAUGUAGUCGGGCUGAUCUGGAUCAGUGAAUUCAUCCUAGCCUGCCAGCAGAUGACUGUGGCAGGAGCCGUAGUAACAUACUAUUUUACAAGGGAGAAAAGGAAUCUGCCGUUCACUCCUAUACUGGCGUCGGUGAAUCGCCUCAUUCGAUAUCACCUCGGUACUGUGGCAAAGGGAUCUUUCAUUAUCACUUUGGUGAAAAUUCCUCGAAUGAUCCUCAUGUACGUCCACAGCCAACUCAAAGGAAAGGAAAAUGCCUGUGCUCGGUGUGUACUGAAAUCUUGCAUCUGCUGCCUUUGGUGUCUCGAAAAGUGCCUGAAUUACUUAAAUCAGAAUGCAUACACAGCCACAGCUAUCAACAGCACCAACUUCUGCACCUCAGCAAAGGACGCCUUUGUCAUCAUUGUGGAGAACGCCUUGCGAGUGGCUGCCAUAAACACAGUUGGAGAUUUUAUGCUGUUCCUUGGCAAGGUCCUGAUAGUCUGCAGCACUGGAUUGGCAGGCAUUAUGUUGCUGAACUACCAGCAGGAUUACACAGUUUGGGUACUGCCACUGAUCAUCGUCUGCCUCUUUGCUUUCCUGGUCGCUCACUGCUUCCUGUCCAUAUAUGAAAUGGUCGUGGACGUCUUAUUCUUAUGUUUUGCCAUUGAUACGAAGUACAAUGACGGAAGCCCCGGCAGAGAGUUCUACAUGGAUAAAGUGCUCAUGGAGUUUGUGGAGAACAGUAGAAAAGCAAUGAAAGAGGCUGGUAAGGGAGGAGUAACUGAUGCCAGAGAACUAAAGCCGAUGGCUUCUGGAGCAAGUUCAGCUUGAAUAGCCGACCAUUAUGGAACCCAUUGACAUUCCAAAACAAUAUAUAUGCAUAUAUAUGUAUUUGUGUAUGUGUAUAUGUAUACAUAGAUAUAUAUAUAUGUACACAAAAAAAGCAGCCAAAAUCAGAGAAAAGGAACAGGGAUUUAAUACUUUUUUAUGAUUAUUUUUGUCAAACAUGUACUUCUUUCAUACGGGUGGCUUUUACAGGCAACUUGAGUCAUUGUUCUUUUUUUUUUAACAGUUAUGUUAUUGGAAAUGUUAAGAUUUGUAUCUGAUUGAGGUUUUUAAUAACUUUGGGGAGGAUUUAGUUAUUUUAAGUGAAAAAAAAGGCAUUUAGACCAAAUUACUUCACCAACAAAGAGUUUACUAUACGGGCCCAUUCGUCCUAAUGGGUGGGUAGUUGCCGCAUAAAUGAGAGAUUACAUUAAAAACGGCCACCUUUCGAGAAGCUUCUCUCUACUAAUAAGUGAUAAGUUUGCUUGCUAUUUUAUAUUAAAAACAUUAAAAUGGGCCCAGCCUGAUAAUUUGCAUUCUAGAAAAGACAGUUUUCAGGUAGCAUUAAAAAAUCAAAAUAACAGCUCCUCAGGUAUGUGCGGUUUAAUCUUUAGGAAGGAAGAAAGCAGAAGAGAAAAAGAUUGCUAUUCUUAUGCAAUUUUAUUUCUUUUUUUUCUUAGUAAUUUUAGAAGCCCCCUUUGCACAUUAGUGCUCCUGGCUGGUAUUCCAUAAACAGUUGAGAAACAUACUCAUUUUUAAACAUAUAGCCUUUAGACUUCUGUGUCUUGAUUCACAAGUAAAUAUGAUUCUGGGAGGACAGAAGGGAGAGAAACUGAGUUUCUGUGCGUUGAUAUUUACCUCUAAAGGAAAUUUGGUGACUUAUAGGGUAAAUAAAUAAUCAGUCCCUAAGAGCCAUUUUACUCAGCUGCAUUCUUUAAAAUGUGUAAAUCAGGAGCAGGUGUUUCUCUUGGUGAAAGGGAUUGAGUAUUUGGCAUUACAGGAUAACCAUAAGAGGCCAUUUUUGUUUUCAAUUGUUUCAGUUUGGGGGGUGGGGUGGGGGGUGCGCGCCGGAGGUUGUUUUUUGGUUUUUCGUUUUGUUUUUAAUUCCUGAAGCUUACCAGAUAUAAAUGGCUACUACUCCACUGUUAGGCUUAUUGUAAUGGUGAAUGCUUUAAAAAGGUGUAUUUGCUAAGAAUAAUUCAUGAUCUGUUUACGCAAAAACUCCUUUUUGUUACAAUUUUUUUAAAAAAACUAUUUUUGUUAAUGUAAAGUAAAUAUUUCAGAGCAGAAUUUUUAAACUUAUUGCACUAAAUACAGGCUCCAUAAGAAAAAUAAAUAAUGCCUCAGCAUUUUACUACUCCAUAUAAAGAGAACCUUUGGCCAGGAGCAUGGCUCCUUAGCAAGCUUAGAUAAUGGAUUUAGAGUGGUGUGUAUGGAAAUGCAUACUAUUAAUGUCACUAAGACUUCAUAAGCAGCUGUUUGCUAAUGUGCUUCCUUUCAAAGGAUUGGACCUUCAACUUGCUGCAGAAGGCAAAGUGUAUUUUUUUUUUAAUCAGUCAGCGCUCUUUAUUCUUGCUAGGCUAGCUAAAUGCUUCGGGUUUAUUUUUAAAGCUUUGGGGUUUUGAGGAUCUUGGCAAUAAGCAUCUGGAUUUGUAAAACACAAUUAAGAGCUCAGGUCUUUACAGAACCUGGGGAAGAAAAGUAACAGAUAACGAGCGUAACUGUUUUAAAACGGUUACCCUCUGGAAGCUCCUAUUCAGUAUUCAAGCCCAAUCACUGCCCUCGGCUACUACCAUUUGAAAUGUCAAUAUCAUAAUUCUCUAACUAGGAGACAUCAAGCCCAUAUCGCUGGGACUAGAAUCACUGAUGCAUUCUGAUUCAAAAUGACAGCACACAGAUCUGAGAACCUCAGACACAUUGGCUGUACUAAAGUCAGAGCGGGCCGGUAUAUGGAUGGCGGGGACCAAGACCGAGGAGACUCCAAGUCAGAAUCGUUUCCCGAAUGCCCCUGUGGAAGUCCUGGAUACGGAAGGCUUGGGGUCUACUCACAUGGACAUGUUGGCAUCACGGAUUCUUCUUACUUCCCGUUUCCAUCUCUGCGUGGACCCCACCGAGAAUGCUUUUCAGUUAUCAUUUGCAACUAGAACUCUAAUCAGAAACAAAUUUUGUAUUUUUGUAUAACUUUACUGUGUGCCAUUUUAUAUAACUGGUCCUGUUUUACAAAUAAAUUUUGAUUUACUAACACAGUGUUUAGA